AUGUCGAAAGAGGACGAAAUCACAGAGGUUACGUCGCCCAGUGCUCAAGCGGUAUACCGUGAAUAUUCAUCCAUGCUGCUUCCAGUCGAUCAAAAGGACAGCGAAAGUCGCGAAAUGCUGCUGGGAUCGGGUGGCAAACCUCGUGAGAAAUUUCUAUGGUGGCACAUGACAAAGACACAACGUGUUUUCGUCAUUAUUGCACUCGUAACGCUGGUGGCUUUUGGACUUCUUGUCAUUGUGUGGUUUGCCGUUGUCCCUGCUGUUGUCCAACACUACAUCAACAAUGUACAAAUGGAGUUGAACUACAUAGACAUUUUGAGCAUUCCAGACAGCGAGACACUGGUAGUGGAUCUAAGCUUGAGCAUUCAGCAUGACGUUGCUAUCGCUGCCACGACGGGCUCCACCUUUGUAUCGCUAUUCUAUGAUGGUACCGAAUUUGCCACGCUGCCGUUCCCGGAACUAGAUAUCAAUACCGGAUCACAAAGCUAUAACAUCACCAUAGAUGCUGAUAUGCCCAUUACAGACCAGAAAGUGCUCAACGCGAUGCUGUCCGACCUCAUGAACGCAGCCGAGAUUUCAUUGGCGGUCACCGCUUUGCUUGAUAUGCAGGCGUUUGGAGUGUCUCUCAAAGACCUCAGCUUUGAGCGCGACUUGGCAGUUAAAGGCUUUGCUAGCUUUAGCGAUCCAAAACCCUUGAUAAAAGAAAUCGAGCUCACAACCUGCAGCUCGUCUGAGUACAAAUUCAUUAUCAACGUAACAAUGGAUAAUGUAGCUCAAAUAGGACUGGAAGGAAUUGGAGAGUUCAAUAUGAGUCUCUACAACGGACAGCAGUACUUGGGCUACGCUUUGUCACAGAAACCGGAUCUGGGCAUCCCGCGCGGUGUGAGCAACCAAUCGUUCAGCAUAACGGUGGACGCGGCUACCGUCUCCAUUUCCGACAUGUUGAUUUCAGGAUUAACAAGCAGCUCACAGUUUUACAUAGUGGGGAACAACCCCUAUGUGACGAUGCACAAGCAAUUUGCCGAGGCUCUGAGCAAUGUAAACAUGAGCGUUUCGUCCAGCAGGGGAUCGUUCACCAACAUGAAGGUCGGGCCCACGUGUGACUUGCUCUCGCUGCUCGGAUAA